GACAUAAGUAUGAUUUAUUUUUGUGUUUAGUGUAAUAUGGAAACCUUGUAUGUCACUUAUGGAGCAAUUAUUUUAUGUUCGAUCGGCAGUUUAACACUAGCAAAGCCUUUUGAAGACGAAAAAAGUUUCAGUGAUGACAAUAAAGUAAAUUGCGCGGAUUCCAGUGAAGGCAUAGAGUACGAGAAACCCAACCAAAAUUCGUUUUCUGACUACUACAAACCUCGUGUUAGAUUUGAAGGCUCGGACAAAUUUCCUAACAGAGUAUAUGGCUAUGACAAAAAAAGAUCUACAAUAGACGAAAUAACAGAUAAUUUGGCAUCAAGUUCUUUACAAAAACGACAAGUUGGUGUAGUGUAUCGUGACGAUAAACCAAUUGGAAUAUUACAACCUUAUCAGAGAUCGUAUAGAUUUAUACCCGUAAAAGAAGAAAAUGACUUAUACACUUUUAGUGCUAGCCAAAUUCAAGAUUUACCUGUUGUGACGGACGUAGACAAACGCGAAAUAAACGGAAUCAAUUUAGAUCCGGCUCAACUCGACGAAACUUACCCAUCUAUUCUUACCAACUUUAAAAUAGACAACAAAUUGGACAAAAAAAGAAAUUACGAUGCUUUCACUGAUGACAAUGUUCGUGAUCUGAAAGCAACGAUUCGUCGAUUAAGAUCAUCCAACCCGCACAACAAUGAACAAAUUGAAGAAGAACUUAAGAAUAUCUUAGACGAUAUGGGUUUGAUUGAAGACGAAGAAGUUCAUGGAGAAAAACGCGAGGUGGUCGACGAUCAAAUGGACGACGAAAACGAACCUGCGUCGCUCGAGGAAGAAACAAAAUUUGAAAAAGAAAGAAAUAAACGAGACGAAACCUGCAUUCGUAACGAAAACGCAGACGCAAAUGGUAAACCUUUGUCAGAACAUACAUUUCUAAAUUCUGAUGAAAAAAGAAACGAAAUCAAGAACGAUCCCUUUGGAAAUCCACUCAAUAAACGCGAAACUGUAAAAGAAGCGCAUCGUAUGAAGAGGCAAAAGCAAGAGAUAGCGACAACAAUGAACAAAGAAAAUUCGGAGCUCGUCGAAAACUUGAAAGAUUCGGGAGACUUGAUGAUUAGCGGAAACAAGUCACCUUUAGCUUCUAGUUCAGAGAUUACAGUGAGAGACACGGAAAAGCAGCAACUGGAGAAAAGAGGGUAUGAUGAAGAUAAUGAAGAUUACGACAACAGAGUUGAAAAGCAAAUUCAGAGUAAAAUCAAUUCGCUUAAGGAGGAGGUCAAAAGAGAAAUCGAAGCUUUGAAAAAGAACCAAAAUGAUGACGAUGACGACGACGAUAUUCAAAGGAAGAAAAGGCAAGCGACAGAUAAUUUGAUUAACGAAGAGACUGAUGAACUUAAUCCUGCUUUGAAUCCUGACAGUGAACUGAAACCUUUAAUUAGAAAGAGAAGGCACCUUAAUGCUAGUGUAAGUAAACAUCAUACAAAUGCAACGAAUGUUCGAAAGAAACGUGAAACGAAUUUCUUUGUUACUGGAAGAAAAAAACGACGAUCUGAUCGUUCUCCUGAUAGUCGUUCUCGAGAGGACAACUAUAAGUCGCACCAGAAGGAAAAUGACGAGGGUGGAGAAUUGUUAGGGGGUGACGAUUUUGACGAUGGAGGUGUUUAUAAAAGACAAAUUUAUGACAAAGAACAAGAGUAUGCAAAUUUAAAUAUUGAUGAUUCUAAAUUGAAUAAAUAUUUACGUGACGAACGUAAACGGUCAGGGAUUCCUUCAAAUGAACCAAAUUCUUAUGACAAUUAUGGGUAUCAUAACUUUUUCUAUGAUAAUAAUAAUAAUGCUAGGUUAAAAAGACAAAAUUUUCGAGAUAACUUUUUCAAAAAUAACGUUGUGCGACAACGAUAUGCUCCAUUUAGUUCAAAUCAGUGGAAGUCUAGGUUUAGAAGAAGAAUUAGCGAAGAUCAGGUGUUAUCUAAUAGACCACAACAGUUAAGUGACAUGUCAGAAUUGGAUCUUUUUGGUGCAUUACCAAAAAGUUAUGAUGGAGAGUUAUCGAGAUACAAACGAGUAAAACGAAAAUAAAUUUUAUUAACAUAUUUAUAUGUAUUUACUGUAAUUUUACAAUA